AUGGAAGGGAGUGAUUUGAUACAGAGUGUAGGUUGUUGUGCAGUGCCUAAACUUUCAUCAGCUACAGUUGCAUUGAAUGUACAUGGAACACAAGAUGUGAUCCUUGAGACGUUUGGUUCAUCAAGGAUAAUAGAGGAAGGGGUCAAGCUAGUUGAAGGGAGUGGUGUGGGAACAAGGAAUGGGAAGGAGACAUUUGAUUCAACAAUGAAUAUGCAGGGAACCAGAGAUGAGAACGAGACCUUGGUUUCACUAAGGGAGGCGGCAGACAAACAAAUUAAGGGGAUAAGGGUCGUCGAAAUCUAA